AGAUCCUUCAAGGAGUAAGCGGAGCCUUCGGGCAGCUCGGGCUGGAGGAUGCCUGGGAAGGAAGCAGCAGGAGACGUUAUGAAAUCCUCUACUAAAUCUAAUACAAAGAAGAUGGUACAAGCUCGUCUACCUUUCAAACGCCUGAAUCCAGUACCCAAAGAUGAAGGGUGUUUAGAAGAGAAAAAAAUAAGAAUCCCACAAAAUGUGUCUCCUCAAAAAAUGCUGUACUCUCUCAACUCCUCUAUGGAAGAUAUGGAAAAUGACUGUGAAAUGGAGACAGAAAUGACUCCAAUCCCUAAAGCUAUUAAUGGAAAAGGGCCAUUGGACAACUAUAUUAGGAAAGCCCCCAAAGCCAGCAAUGCCCCCUCUAUCAUCACUAUCGAUUUGACGGAAGAUUCAAAUAUUAGCACUUCGAAUGACAGUCCGUUAAAUGGGGAGUCUCGAGCACAACUAGCAAAUGGUACAGUUUCACCUGAGAGGAGCACCACCAAUGCUCCAUUAAGUACAAACGAGGAAUGCACUGUUUCUGUAGACAAUAAGUCUCUUGAGAACAUGAGUUUUCCAGAACUUGAAUUGGACAAGCCGCAUCAGUCUGCAGCCUCCUGCACUUCAGUGUCAAAUUUUUCUCCCGAAAGAGCAGUCAAAGAAGAUUACAACAGUUCUGCAGAUGAUGACUCUGUGUCUGUCUCCUCCAGCAGUUCCCCUGUUUCACUUAGCUCUCCUGAUGUACAGACUGGUUCCAAGUUCACAAAUGGAAGCAGCCCAUCAACUUCCACUACCCCAACUGGCAAAGCUACUUCAAAUAAGACGUCUGCAGAAAAGAAGAAAACCAAAGAUAAGGCGGAGAAGAGGCAAGCUGAAAAGGAGGAGCGAGAAUGUGCUAGAAGAGAGGCAAGGGCUGCUAAAGAUCUUGCAAAGAAAAAAAGGGAAGGAGAGAGAGAGCAGCGGGAAAAAGACAAGAAGGAAAAAAAGGAGAGAGAAGAUAGAGAGAAGGCAGAAAAAAAUAGACUAAAGGAGGAGAAGAAAAAAGAGAAGCUUGAAGCCCUGGAGGCUAAGCAAGAAGAAAAACGAAAAAAGGAAGAGGAGAAGAGACAAAAAGAGGAGGAAAAGCGACUAAAAGAAGAAGAGAAGCGCAUAAAGGCUGAGAAAGCGGAGAUCACUAGAUUUUUACAGAAACCAAAAACACCACAGGCUCCUAAGACAUUUGCUAGGUCCUGUGGGAAAUUUGCCCCUUUUGAGAUUAAAAAGGGGAUGGCAUUAGCACCUCUGUGUCGUAUUGAUUUUGAACAAGAAGCAUCUGAAGAGCUGGAUAUAUUCCUCCAGGAGCAAACUUCAGAGUCUUCCUUCCUUGAUGAAAUUAAGAAGAGAAGACCACGCAAGAUGGGUCAGACUACAGUGCCAACCAUUAACAGCGUUGAGGUGGAUGAUGUACAGGUACUGGGAGAGACGGAUCCUGUACUAGGUUCGAACAUGGUGCUUGAAGAGCACAUAAAAGACAUCGGUGUGCCAGAACGCAAAAAGUUUGGGAGAAUGAAAUUGCUGCAGUUUUGUGAGAAUCACCGGCCUGCCUACUGGGGCACAAGCAAUAAAAGAAGCAGGGUAAUCAACCCACGUAAGCCAUGGGCUCAGGACACAGACAUGCUCGACUAUGAAGUGGACAGUGAUGAAGAGUGGGAAGAGGAAGAGCCAGGGGAGUCUCUGUCACACAGUGAGGGGGAGAAUGAGGACGAUGAUCCCAAAGAAGAAGAAGACGAAGAUGAUGAUGGUUUCUUUGUUCCUCAUGGGUACUUAUCUAAUGAUGAAGGGGUAUCUGAUGAGGAAUGUACAGACCCAGAGAACCAAAAAGUUAGACAAAAGCUAAAGGCAAAAGAGUGGGAUGACUUGCAAUCAAACAGCAAGAAGAUCCGUGUACUGCAGCCUGUAGUGAUUGGUUGUGUGUGGUGCGACAGUAAAGCUUCAGAGAUCAGACUGCUGCAAAAGUUUUCUGCCUGUAUUCUGGAGUCACCUGCAGUUGAGGAAGAGCUUACACAAGAUAUCAGUUCUGCCCAAAAAAUUAAGGACAGGCAAAUACUCUCCAAACUCGUACCUCUACUUCAUGGGAAUGUCAAUGGAAGUAAGAUAAUAAUACAAGAAUUUCAGGAGUGCUGUCGCCGGGGUUUAUUCUUGGAGGAUAAUGCAAGUCAUGCUACAGACAUUGAGUCCACCAGCCCCAACUCCACACCACAAACGCCUAGCAAUAUUAUAGUCCCUUCUAAAGCUCGCUUGAAACGAUUAAUCUCCGAAAACUCUGUGUAUGAAAAGCGCCCAGAGCACCGUAUGUGUUGGUAUGUGCAUUCUGAUGUCUUAAAGGGCCUUCAACAAGACAAUCUUCCUGUACCUUGCCAGUGGACUUACAUCACUCAAGUUAACUCUGUAUCCAAGGAAAAUAAUGGUGCAAAUGGAGGAUCAUUACAAUCCCUGCCUUUGUCUGGCAAGAGGAAGUCUGCAGGGAGCAUGCCUAUCACAAAGUUUAUGAAAAGAGCAAGGGACCUUGAAACGGCUGUAAAUACAGAUAUGGAUGGCUUCCAGGCUGACACUGAAGAAGAAGAGGAUGAUGAUGACUGUAUGAUUAUAGAGGACCAACAAGCUAAAGAUGCAGAGGACUCCACCAUUGAAUGCAAGAUAAACCUGAAUGAUUCUGCUAUCCUUGCCUCCUGUCAAAACUAAAAUAAAAAUUAUGCAAUGCAUGUAUAUGUAUGUAGAUUUUUUUUAUAUAUAAAAAAUUUUUAAAAACUUGUGGCAGUUUGAAAUCAUAAAUUAGACUUGUGUACAGAUUGCACUUUCAUCCGCAAAAUUAUUAAAAAAGACUCCUUUAACCCAAA